GCUCUCGCUGUGGUGGUGUGAGGUUGUGUGCAUGUGUCGCUCCCAGCGAACUGUGAUUCGUAGCUUGUUCCGUGGGCUCGAACGUGACAACCUGAGGAUUACUUACCUUGCUUUGGAUACUUAAGGAAGAAGAUAAUUAUUAUUAUAUUCAACAUCUCAAGGUAAAUGGUUCGAGGCUAGGGUGAGGCGCCAGGUCACCCUGAAUGGUCAGCUGUAGCAGCAGCUGUGAGGGGAAGUUUCUCCUGCAGGUGAGACAGGAAGGAAAAUAUCCCUUUGCAGAGUCGUGCCUCAGACGUGUAUCAGACGUGCCACAGCCGUCUUGGCGUACAGGCACUCGCUUUCUUAAGGCGGUGAUGGCGUGCUUGUGGGCGUGGGUCACACUGGCCACACUCUUCACCCUCACACUCUUUGUCGCACCAGGCGGGGCGGUGCAGUGCUUCCUGUGCAGCUACUCCCCUCGGAGUAACAGCUCUCGGAUCGACGGCUGCACAGACGCCAACUUCACUAGUGAACACAUUGAGUCCCGCUCGUGCAGUCUGGGCUGCGAGUCUGUCGACGUCUACGACAUCAAUGGUGAGUUGGAGAGCUUCCACCGGAACUGUGCCACUAAUGACACCAUCAUGACCAACACUUGCGAGACCUACAAGACCAUCAUCUUGACUCGCUUCGUGUGCUCCUGCGACUGGUCGUACUGCAACGCGGCCUCCGACAGCUAUCAGGGAGUGCGACCCGUGAUGAUGGUGGGGCUGGUGUCCCUGGUGGCAAGUCUGCAGGGUUGUCGGAGUCAGCAGACUGUAUGAGGGACGGUGGUCACACAUUCUACAUUAUCUUUUAAGUGAUUCUCUUACCAUCUUCAACGUGUACUGUUUCAACGUGAAUAGAUGAGGCUUAGCUCUUUGGCCAGUAAAGGAAGAUGCUAUGAACUUUCUUCAGUGACUUUGCUUGAGAAUAAGGACAUUUGUGCAUCGUACCUUGGAGAAAAUUGUCUCUGAAAAGCAAAUUUGAUUUGCGAUGGCUUCGGGUGAGUAGAAGACGAGGCAUAGCUGAUCCAGUAGACUCCAUCACCAUCAGUUGACGUUAAAGAGGUAUAGCUGACGAGACGAUGACUAUCACCAUCAACUGGUGCCAUCAUGCAAAACGUAAUAAUUGCGACGCAUCUGCCAUUUAGAGCUCUUUGUUAGAUUUCUUAAUAUGGAGCACCAAAUUAAAUAUUUACAAAAGGUUUUCCGUGAUGUUUGUGCGAUAUGAAUGAGUAUUAAGAACAAAGAUACUUAACAAAAUUAACCUUGAAUAGAGUUUACUAAGCUAGAUUGGUGGUCGAAUACAUUCGGCUCCUGAAACAGGGAGCCCAAAUCUUUUCACAUUUAUUCGACGACACUGCAUGACAACUCUCAAGCUAGAGUGAUGACAAGAGUACAUGCAAAUCCGCUUCGAGCAGGUGCUGGUACUUAGGGAAGAGUGGAGUUGAUUCAUGUGGUGACGUAGCUGGUGGUAGGCAUCAGCAGUAGAGCUGUGGUAGGCCUGUCAUUACACAAACCAUUACCACACCAUACGGGCUCACCAUAGCCCAUGCUACUUGGAACUUUUUUGUUCCGGGUAGCGAAUAUUUAACAACAACAACAUUACCACACGUGUGUUGGGGUCAGUUGAGGUGACAUAUGACCAUACACCAGCAUGACUGGACUCAAGACUCCUGUAGCUCUUGGCCACCCGUCAGCUCCAACACAUCCCUUGUUUCUAAGAUGGUAUGAUAGGUAUCAUGUGUGUAUGUCAACAGAGAAUAGCCGUCCAAAAGUGAUGAGAUAUCUGGAAACGAUUGUGGAUCGCCACUACUAUCUGGAUAAUGAUGGUCUGCAGCUGCUGCCGUAUAGCUGCUUCAGGAUCGCCGCCUGUUCUAGUCAUGAGGAUGUUCUAAUUAUGUUCUACAGUCACCGUACUGUAGUAUAUAAUAUCCUCGUUUUCUCUCGCAAUUAUUUAGUUAUCUUACGAAGUGGAGAGGCAGAAGCAGCCCUUGAGUAACGCAGGGGCACUGGCUGAGUGGCAUUGUUUAUCAGACACGAGUAACCACUUGUUUUUAUAAGAGUUACUGAUUGCACUAGAGUGAAUCCUCCCGUUAGAGUACACCCAGCUUGUGUUCCGCUAUCGAGCCUUCAUGAUGUCUCAGUAGCAAUAACCAUGUUUGAUGUAAAUAUUUGAGAUAUCAAUGUAUUCAUCACUGCCACGCCUAAAACAAACUUUAUCAUUCUAGAGAGUUCUGUCGUGCGAGCUCUCCAGCAGCGGGAUUAUGACCGGCACCCAUUGGGCAGAUUUUGCAAGAAUAUCAUUAUCAACGUCGAAUCCACGUCGAAUUUACGUCGAAUCUACGUCGAUUCUACGUUUCUUUGGCAUAUUUUGCUCACCGAACAGUGUUCUACCGCAAUAGCAACCCGUCCUAAGGUACCAAAGUACCUAUGAUGACAUGUUACUUAGAGAACCAGUGCUGCAGAUAUCCAUAGUUCACCUUUGGUGUACAUAGCUAUCACCUAUGGCUUCUUAUUUCAGUAUUUUGGAUGAUUUUAAGGCUUAAUUAUUAAGAUUUUAGUGAAGUAGUCAACCAUGAGGAUAGCUGUUAAUAGCUGAAUGCUCUCUUUACUUAAAUGGAAAUAGUUGAAAAAGUUAUUAUUAUAGUAUGGUCCCCAUACCCAUGAUGUGGGUGGUAGUGAACCCCAUAACCAUCCUGUACGCGGCAGUGGACCUUACCUAUCCUGUGGGCGGUAAUAGGCCCCAUACCCAUCUACCUUGUGGUAGUGUACCCUAUACCCAUCCUAUAGGUUGUAGUGGACCUCAAACUCAUCCUGUGCGUGGUAGUGAACCUUAUACCCAUCCUGUUGGUGGAGGUGGAACCCAUGCCCAUCCUGUGGGCAGUACUGGACCCCAUACUCAUCCUGUGGGCGGGAGUGUACCCCAUACCUCAUCCCAUAGGUGAUAGUUAACCCUAUUCCCAUCCUGCAUGUGUUAUUAGACACCAUAUUCAUCUUACAAGUGAUAGUGGACCCCAUACACAUCCGUUUGACUAGUUGUGAACCCUAUGUCCAUCCUGUAAAGAUUAGUGGACCCAAUACCCAUGCUGUGAAUGGUAGUGGAUCCCAUAUCCAUCCUGUAUACUGUAUCCUGUAUGUAGUUGACCCCAUACCCUUUCUGUGGGUAGUAGUGGACCCCAUACCCAUUAUGUGGGUGAAAGUGGACCCCAUAACCAUCCUAUGGGUGGAGGUAGACCCCCAUACCCAUCCUGUGUGCGGUAAUGGGCCUCAUCCCCAUCGUUUGGGUGAUAGUGGACUCUAUACCCAUCUUGUGGGUACUCCAUACUGAUGGAGUAUGGAGUACCCAUCAGUAUGGAGUAUGGUUAUUUAGCUAAGAUUUCUGGUAGCAGAUCAUUUUGAAUGAAAUAUUUACAGAUAUCUGAAACGUUCGUACGAACCAUUCUCUCUGUUUUUAGAGCAUUCACUAGUGUAUAUAAUGUUGUAUAAAUCCUAUUAUAUAGGAUUAUAUAUAAAUCCUAUUAUAUAAAUAAAUCGAGUUAAAUCCUAUUAUAGGAUUUUAUUAUAUGUAAUAGUUUAGUGCAACUUUUUUUUUAUUUCUGAGAAGCUUUAAAAAUCAUCCAAAAUAGUGAAGAAAGAAGCCAUAGGUGAUAGUUAUGUAUAUCACAGGUGAACUUUGAAUAUACGCAGCCUUGGUACUCUAAGAAAUAUGUCUUCAUAUGUACUUUGGUUCCUGAGAACGGGUUGGCAAUAGCUGCUAAACACGUUGGCUAACUGCGAAGCUUAACACAGCAACAGUCAACCAGUAGUAAAUUAAAUUUAAUCUUGAAUUUUUACACUUGCUUUACUUUGUCAGCAACAAGGUAAUUGCUUUUUAUAAACAAAAAGCUUUAGUAUUUAUAAGAAAAAAAAAUUUUUUUGGUCAGUUUGAAAUGACGAUUGGAUAAAGUAUUUCUAUUGAGGUUUGGCUGGGAUUAAGGAUCACUAUGACAGACCAUGGUAAUGCCUUUAGGUGACAGGAUUGCAGUCAUGUCACCUUGCCAAGAAAGUAUGUUAGUGAUGGCAUUAAAACACAGGAGUGUAAUCGACUUGAGAAUGGUCCAGGACGGACCGAAACGUCGUCGUCCCUUCAAUUUCUAGUGUGUGGUCUGGUCAACACAGGAGUGUAAGAAUGUGUUAUCGUGGCUUGCUGGCGACAAAUUACCAUUUUUUCAGCAUCUACCUCCACAGGGCCUAAGCCUCUGGCUGACUGCCUUAUGUUUGGGGUUUCUCCUGUGGCCUGUCGAUACACCUGUGUGGCAGUGAUCGCCUUCAGCGGCACUCUGGCAUCAGCAGUGAUCUCGGAACCUGUUGGGCAUUUCACUUGUGAUAACAUGCUUUGUCAACAUAAUUCUCUAGAUGAGAAGAGGGCGUUUUCAACGUUCAGAGUAGAUUUCUGUAUGUAUUAGAUUCCUUAUUGAUACGUAGUCAAUAUGACUACAUAUCAACUGUCAUCUUGUAAAAUCUGUUAAAAAAAAAAAAA